AGAGACAAACAGCACAACUUAAUAUAUAACAACCUCUGUUCUUGGAUCAAACUAAGUUCGGAUUAAUAAAGCUUCCCUCUCACUUACGUUCACCACUACCCAGCUCUACCAGCUGAACAACUACAGAGGGUGUGCAAUACAUCCGGAUGAAACAAUGAGCACAACCAACGGCGCCACACAGACAACCGGGGCGACCGGUGAGGACCAGAUUUUCGAAUGGUAUCCCAUUGAUUUGUUACGGGAUUAUGAGCAGCAGAAGAAGGAUCAAUUGCAGAAUGGCUCAAAUGGAACCACUCACAAGACCGGACGAUUCGCACUGGUCGUUCUCAACCAACCACUUACUCAUUUGGGGUUGGUAAAGCGCCUGUGGAAGAACGCAUCUAUCCGCGUCGCUGCCGACGGAGGCGCAAACUGUCUUUAUGACGUCGCCGGCAAGAACGGCGACCAUGAGUUUGAUGACCUCACAGCAAUCAUAGGCGACCUCGACUCCCUCACCACCGAAACCCGCACUUACUUCACCACCCACUCCUCUUCCCCCACCGCCAGCAAAACCGCCAUCAUCCACGAACCCAGCCAAUACUCAACCGACUUCGCCAAGUCCGUUGACUACCUCCGCGGUCCCUCCUGCUCCAAACCCGACGCUCCACCGCCCGACAUCGUCGCCAUCGGCGGUCUCGGCGGCCGCGUCGACCAAGGUCUCUCCCAGCUUCACCACCUCUACCUCUUCCAAUCCUCGCCCACCUACGCCGACGGGCGUAUGUACUUGUUCAGCGGGGAAUCGCUCACCUUCCUGCUCAAAUCGGGAACCCAUCGAAUCCGGGUGAGGGAACCAGGUCAGACAAACCAGCCGGAGAAAGACGUGUUCGCCAAGUGGGUGGGGAUCCUACCGGUCAAAGAGCCGAGCAGGAUCUGGACGAAAGGACUGGAGUGGGAUGUGGAGGAUUGGCCGACCGAGUUUGGCGGGCAGGUGAGCACGAGCAAUCAUGUGUUGCCGGGGACGGAGGUGGUGGAGGUCAGGGCGACGAGGGAUGUGUUGUUUACUAUUGCGCUGAGGGACGUUUAGGGGGUGUCCUUUGGUGUGGUGGGGAGGAGACGCAUGACGGGGGAUUGGUUGGGUAGGGUGUGGUGAGGUAAGAGGCCCGCCCGGCUUGAGAGGAGAGACCAGAGGUAGGAAUGGGAGGUUAUCUGCUGUGAAAUGGUUACGAUCCGGUCAUUCUUGUUGCAUACAUGGCGGUUAAAGGGAAAGGGCAUAUGGUACCUUUUAGAUGAAAUUGUUCACGCCUUG